UGCUGCGUCACGAUAUGGGGCGGACGAGGCGACGGUGAUGAGGCCCACAACAAGCCGAAUCCUAGGAGGCUGAGGGUGCAGCCGCGGAACGUGGGGCAGGCAUUGGGUGCGUGUUGUUGCUAGGGGCGUUUGGCUUUGCGUCGAAGGUUGAACAAGUAUCAGUGUGUCGGUACAUGGUUGCAGGGUGAAAGGAUCUGGAAGACACGGACUAUAUCUGGCGAGGUCUGUGCAUGGGCGACGCGCUGCUACGCACAUCAUAUUCCAACGCCGGACGCACGCUGCCGCAGUGGGCAUAUAAUCGGAUAAGCGCCUUUUUUCCCCCGCUCCCAAGACAACGCUCAGAAUACGAAAGUAUUAGUUCUGGUGGUAAUACAGGGUGUUUUCAGGUCACUUCAUUAACGACAAAUUCUGAUUUGUUUUGUCUCCUGGGAACUAGCCUACCAAACUAUUUAUUUUAUUAUUAACCAGUAUUGUGAAUCGCACCUUUGCGUCCAGAGGAUGACAGCUGCGCACUGGGCUCAUGUCGCGUGACCGUGUCUUCAAAGAGACCGCUGAGAGUCCUGGACUCAAGCGCGCACACCCACCUCGCCUUCCUACCCUUCGGGGGUCUUUCAUACAAUUUUCCUAGACGCCAUCAACACGGGGACUAAAGCGUUAAGAGGAACGAAACACAUGACUUAAUGAAGGUAGCCUAUACCGUUCAAACCACAAUGGCACCGGACUAAACUACGGGCUAUACGUGCUACUGUGGCACGGGUGAUCGGCGGGUGAGAGGGGCUACAGAGGAGCACGGAGCGAUGCGCCCUUCAUCCCAAGUUUGACAUUCGUUUCACAUUUGAGAAGUUCUCCCGAAGACUCAAGAUAUCACAUCCAGGUUGAGUCUUUGUCACAUGUGAGAAAGCUGCGUCAUCCCCCGGCAGGUGAUGCAGGCGCUAUGAGCCAAGCAUAAGGUGAGCUUAUUCUCUCCUAUGACUGGAAAGAGGCUGUGAGGCUUGAUGUUUCCGCUAAGCGUUUGAGGUUUCACUAUACGGAUGGAGUCGGCGGACGAUUCGGACGCGCCGUUGGGAUCCACAUUUUCCUCGGUCCCAAAUCUGGAAUCGGACGAAAAUGCAAACGCCAUCGGGCAUAUAUACGAGAAUGGAGCGGCCGACUACAACGUUAACCUACAGAACGAGGCGAUGCGGGGGUCCAGCGACCCCACGGCAUACCCCGCCGCGGACUACCGAGGGAUGGUCCGGCAGCGGUUCAUUCGCCGGAGCCUGUGGUUCUCCGAGACGGAGGACCCGCAGCCCGAGCAGACGGAGAGUCUCCACAGCAGCCCGGUUCUCAGCUUCCAGCUGCGAACCAUCGUGGAUCGAACUCGGAGCAACAGGACGGUGGUUGAGACCCUCAGGGCCACCCAAGAGGACCGGGCUGAGACAGAGGUCUUGGCGGUGGACGCACUGGUGAAGCUCAGCCUGAGCGCCACGGACAGCGUGAACACGGACGAGGACAACGUCUCCAACGGAGACAACAAGGGAGACGUGCCGUCGGAUGUCACCGCAGGGAGUGACGAGAACGAGGAGGAAGCCGGCAUGAAAGCAGUGUCAACCUCACCCGGAGGGCGUUUCCUCAAGUUCGACAUUGAACUUGGGAGAGGGUCUUUCAAAACGGUCUACAAGGGCCUUGACACUGACACGUGGGUCGAGGUGGCGUGGUGUGAGCUGCAGGAACGAAAGCUCUCGAAGGUGGAGAGGCAGCGGUUCAAAGAGGAGGCGGAGAUGUUGAAAGCACUGCAGCAUCCCAACAUCGUUCGUUUUUACGACUUCUGGGAGUCCCCGGUGAGAGGGAAGAAGUGCAUCGUCCUGGUGACGGAGCUCAUGACCUCAGGGACACUUAAAACGUAUCUGAAGCGCUUCAAGGUGAUGAAGCCCAAAGUGCUAAGGAGCUGGUGCAGACAGAUCCUGAAGGGUCUCCACUUCCUGCACACCCGGACCCCCCCCAUCAUCCACAGGGACCUCAAGUGUGACAACAUCUUCAUCACGGGCCCCACGGGAUCCGUCAAGAUUGGGGAUCUGGGCCUGGCCACCCUUAAGAGGGCCUCUUUCGCUAAGAGUGUCAUCGGUACCCCAGAGUUCAUGGCCCCGGAGAUGUAUGAGGAACACUACGACGAGGCCGUGGACGUCUACGCCUUUGGGAUGUGCAUGCUGGAGAUGGCCACCUCCGAGUACCCCUACUCUGAGUGCCAGAACGCUGCUCAGAUCUACCGCAAAGUCACCAGCGGAGUAAAACCCGCCAGCUACUGUAAAGUCAGCGACCCGGAGAUCAAGGAAAUAAUCGGCGAAUGCAUUUGUCAUCGAUGGGAGGAGAGAUACUCCAUCAAGGAUCUUCUGAACCACGCCUUCUUCGCCGAGGACACCGGCGUGAGGGUGGAGCUGGCGGAGGAGGAUGACGGGAAGAAGUCGGCCAUCGCCCUCAAGCUGUGGGUGGAGGACCCCAAGAAGUUAAAGGGGAAGUACAAGGACACCGGCGUCAUCGAGUUCAGCUACGACCUCGAGACGGAGGUCCCAGACGGGGUCGCUCAGGAGAUGGUGGAGUCGGGUUUCUUCCUGGAGAGCGACGCCAAGAUCGUGGCCAAGUCCAUCCGGGACCGCGUGGCGUUGAUCAAAUGGAGACGCGAGCGGACCGUGGCGCCCGGAGAGGGCGAGCCGCCCGCCAAGAAGCGGCAGGCGGCGGACGUCCUACGGGUGCCGGGCGCGGCCCCCGUGCGGCCCGGGGGCGGGGGGGUGGCGGCGGGGGCGGCGGACUGCGACCAGGAGGAGGAGCCACCGGUCGCCGUCUGCUACGUGGUGCCGGACGCGCCUUCCAUGACAUCCGACAGCGCUGUGAGCUCCACCGUGCAACCUGACGACAGUCAGCAGAGGGCCGGCGCCGCCUACCCCUCGCUGCCGGAGCCCGCCGUCCAGACGCUGUACAGCCCCCCGUCCCUGCCUGAUCACAUGCCCCAAGAGGCCCUACCGACGCCUACAGCACAGCCCCCGCACGACAGCUACGCACAGGCCUCCACGCAGCAGCAGCAGCAGCAGCAGCAGCAGCAGAAGGCAGCCUACCAGCAGAACACCCAACCACUCCAAGUAGCCUACCAACCGUCUGCACUCCUCGGAGCCCCGGGGCCCUACCAGUCCCCAACAACGGCCGUUGGUGCUCCAGCGGCGCCGUCAGUAUACCAGAGUAGACCCACAGCACAAAGCUACCUGCCUGCGGACGCCACGGCUCAACCACCACUCGCCGCCCAGCCUAGCCACGAGCAGUAUCAUGUCCAAACAACUGGUAUCCCUCCCCAGUCGUCCGCCGGUCAGGCAAUACCUCACCUCAGUCCGCCUGACAUGACGACAAGUUUCUCCCUACCCUUCUCCAACGCUGAUCCCACUCUUCCUCCUCUUCUUCUGAACCCACAGUUUCCCUCACCAUACCCUAACACUCCCCCGCUGGGCUACGAGCCCCCUUCCGGCCCCCCCACUCCUCUUUCAUCUGCCUACAUGCGCCCCGUCACCCCCCUCCUGCCCCCCGGCACCCCCCACUACCCACCCAGGGCCCCGCCCCCCUCCCUGCCCCUCAUCCUCAACGCCGCCCUGCCGGACACGCCAGCGCUCGGCACGCCGCUGACCCCCGUGUCUGUGUCCGGGUGGGUGCCCCCGCCUCCGCGUCUCCCCGCGCCGACGCCCCCCUCGGGCCCCCCCCGUGGGGGGGAUCACGGGUACCCCUCCAUCUCCCAGCCCAACUUCUGCCCCUUCCAUCUCACCCAUACCCUGCCUCUCUCCCAGGUGCAACCCACCCUUUACCCCGCCCCCAACCCUGAGCAGGAAUGGGCAGAGCCGCCUGUCAAGGUGCAAGCGGGGCCUACCCAGGAGGGCCGGGGACAUGUCCACGGCCUGGCUCAGAACCAGCCCCCGGCACUGGCCCUGGAGACCUCCGCCUGGGGAGGCGGUUUGCAGGCGGAAGCUGCUGCUGCUGCUGCUGCAGCCGGUCUGGACCUAUCUGCAGUGUCCUCCUUGAACCUCCCUGCCCAGGCCCCGAGCCAGCCCACCUCCGUUCAGGGGGCAUCUCAAGCCCCUGCCUUAGCGCAGGCUCCAGGGCCGGGCCAAGGUACGGCCCUGCCCCACCACCAGGCCCCACCGCCCGCCUCUGUCCCGGUUCAAGGCCUUGCAUCGGUGCCGUCCGCCGCCUCGGCCUUACCUCUGACCCACACGCAGACCAACGGCGGCCGCCCCAUGUUGCCUACGUUAACUACAACCCAGAGCCCUAGCGCAUAUUGUGCUGCAGGCCAGCCUUCCUCCCCGGCCCCGGCUCUGAUCUCCGUCGCCGCGGGUCCGGGGGAACAGCCAGUGUCUGUUCAGCUCGCUGUUGAGCAAGCUGUCCCAGCACCAGGACCUCGUCCAGCUCUUCAGUCGGCUGGCAUGCAGACUAUUCCCCAGGCUCCUGAUGCGGCCCUGGUUGCAACUCAGCAAAAUUUAGACUCUGCAUCAGCGUCUGCAGCGCAACAAACAGAGCCGGCUGCGGAGGAAGUGCUUCCAGAGAAGCCAAUACUUUUACCCAAUUAUGCUUAUGAAAGCACCCACUCCGACGUGGCGUCGGGCAAGGAGACCAGCGACGGCUGUGAGGGUCUGACCGCCGGUGUGCGGACGGACGGAAAACACCGGAAGCACCACCGCAAGUCUUCCCGCACACGCUCCCGUCAGGAGAAGAUCAGCAAACCCAAGCUCAGCAUGCUGAACGUGGUGAACAAGGGGGACAAAAUGGUGGAGUGCCAGCUGGAAACGCACAACCACAAAAUGGUGACGUUCAAGUUCGAUCUGGACGGCGACGCUCCAGAGGAAAUCGCCACAUAUAUGGUAGAAAAUGGCUUCAUCUUACACGUAGAGAAGGAGAUCUUCAUUGACCAGCUGAAGGACAUCGUGGACAAGGCUGAGGACAUGCUGAAUGAGGACGGUGUGGAAGGAGAAACCGUCUCCACAUUGGUUGGAAGUCCCCAACUAGGCCAGAUUGAAGGGCUAAUGAAUGAGAAUCAGCCUCCCGGGGUGUCACAGCCGGUCUAUCAGCAGAAUGUUCUCCAUACAGGAAAACGCUGGUUUAUAAUCUGCCCCGUGGAGGAGACCCCGACAUCCAGCCAGGAGACCCCCUCCGAGGCCACCACCACCCCCGGGAGCUCAGCCGCCACCCAGCCGGCUGAUGGGGGCCCCCCGGGGCCCCCCACCGCCAGAGACGAGGGCGGCCAUCGCCACGGCUCCUCCUCCACCAUGUCCGGGGGCAGCGGGGGCUUCAUCUACGACGGCUACGCCUUCUGCAGCCCCCCCAUCAUGUCCAACACGGACCCCCUCCUGCUGGCCGCCCUGUCUCCUCCCAUCUCGGCGCCGCCCCCGCUCCAGUCGGAGGAGCCUCACAUGCAGCUCCCCCAGCCCCCCGGGGGUCUGGCCUCCCUGGGCCCCCUGGACGAGACCCAGGCCCCCCCCCCGCCGCCGCCGCCGCCGCCGGCCCCCGGGUCCCCGGGGCAGCACGCCGCCCAGCAGAUGACGGAGAUGGCGUGCACGGCCUCCAUGGUGGACGAGGUGCCCUGCUGCCCGCUGGUCAUGCCCCUGUCCCUGGACGUAAGGGCGUCGGAGCCCCCGCCGGCCCCGCAGGAGGCCGCCAUGCCCCCCCCCUCCUACGCCUCCUGCUCCUCCACCAAGGUGGAGCGCUCUGCUGCACCUCCUCCACCUCCUCCUGCUCAGCAGCAGCAGCAGCAGCAGCAGCCCGUGGUGCUCCACCAGCCCUUCUCCAGCGUGGCGGGGGCCAAAGGCUCCUCCCUCCCCCAGAGCCCGGGGCCGACCCAGCUGCCGGCGGGGCCCGGCGAGUCGGACGGGGACGGGCGGUUGGGCCGCGGCGGCGGCGGCGGCGGCGGCGGCGGCGGCGGCGGCUUCGUGGACAGCACCAUCAAGACGCUGGACGAGAAGCUGAGGAACCUGCUGUACCAGGAGUACGCGCCCAUGUACCCGUCGGGGACCGCCGCCGAGACCCCCGGCUCGGGGACGGAGUACGUCCAGUCGCCCCCCGGGCCGGACAGCGCCGCCGGGACCCCGGGGCCCAUGGGAGAAGGGCGGUACCGCGCCGGGGAACAGCUGCCCCAGAUCCCGGAGAGGAUGGACAGCCUGAGCACCCUGAGUGACUCGGCAGUCUGCGCUCCCCUCUCCCGGAGACACGUCCCUCACUCCGCCUCCUGCUGCGGAACCAGAGGCCGCUUCAAGCAGCAGAUGAUCCCCGUGGCUCCCGAGGUGGUCCCCAGACAGGACGUCAAGCUGAGGAGCUGGAGCACGGCCACCUCCCCGCCGCACCCCAGCGGCGCGGAGCUCGCGGACGCCGGCGGCGCGGCUGGCGCCGCCGCCACCCGGAUCGGCCGCUUCUCCGUGGUGAGCACGGAGGACGACCUGACGCAGAGGACCUGCAGCAGCCGCUACUCGGCCCCGCCCGACUUCUACCUGGACACGCCCCCUCCCCUGGCCAAGCGGCCCGCCAUCCCGCACUCCCUCACCUCCCCCGCCGCCACCGGCGCCGCCGCCGGGCACCAGGACGCCACGGCGCACGCCCGCUUCCUGUCCUCGGACUCGGGCGCCGAGAGCAGCCCGGUGAAGCUGGCCUACUCCACGCCGUCCCGCCACGCGCGCUCCGAGCGCCGGGGGAGCGACCUCAUGAAGAGGGCGGUGGCCUUCCUGCGGCGCCCGGGCCGCAGCAGCAGCGUGCAGAGCUCUGAUUCGCCGAGCCGCCGCACGGGCCACACGGGCUCCGCCUACGGCAGCAGCGACAACGACUCGGAGAUGGAGGAGUCGGACAUGAAGAGAGAACUGCAGAGGCUGCGGGAGAAACAUCUGAAGGAGAUCUCUGAGCUGCAGGCCAAUCAGAGGGGAGAAGUAGAACUGCUGUAUCACCGCCUUGGCAAGAACCCUCCGCCCGGCCAUUCACACACAGCGCCCCCCACUGGCCGCAGGAGGAGGUCCAGUAAGCACAAACUCAAAGCUGGAAAACUCCUCAGCCCCCUGGUGCAGCAGUUUAAAAACGUUACGACUAAAAUGAGCGACAGUAAUAAAGCCAGUGGAGGUGAACCGGCGGUGAGUUUGAACGGGUCUCCAGCCAAACUCUCUCUCCCCACACGCAGCCGUACUCAGUCUGGCACCGGCCACCUGCCCAGCCCCCCUUCAGAGCCCGUUCAAACCCAACAGCCGUGCUCGCUCAAGGGCUCCCUGUCCUCGGAUAAUAUUUACACCGGUCUCCAUGGUGAGAUGACCUCAACGCAACCUCCCCCCGGACAAGGUGAUCGCACGACACUGUGCUGGUCUAAUAACCCUCCACCAUCUGAGAGAGUGACCCAUAAAUCGAGUAGCAAGCCAAGAGCUAGAUUUCUCAGUGGGCCUGUGUCUCUGUCCAUCUGGACAACACUCAAACGGCUGUGUCUCGGCAAGGAACGGGGCAGGUCUGGAGCAGGGCCGGGGGCUUCAUGUCAUCCGCCCGGCCAGCCGGCGGCCACCUCAACACCCCCACCCCACCAGCCGGUGGGGGGCCCGGCCCAGUCCCAGGUCAACAACAGCAACAACAAGAAGGCCAGCUACUGCGGGAACUGGAUGGGCAUCAGCGAGGGCUGCCUGACCGAUGAGCUCCAGCUGCUGAUGGACAACUGGGCCCAGGAGGUGCUGGUGGUCACUCAGAGACCCCGCAGCAACUCCCUCCGACUCACCCAGGAGCACGUCUGCUCUGCACACAUGGUCCACACCCAGACUCUGGAUAGACAGGUUCCACCGCGGACGGCCUUAGAUCCCGCUCGGGGCCGGCAGCAGCAGCUCCUCCAGUCCUGGCCAAUGGGUGACCGGCGUUCCUCGGCCACACUCAGCCAGCCCGGUGCCGCCGCCGCCGCCGCGGGCUGCCGGCCCGGCUACCCCCUCGACCUGUCCUCGCCCCUCUGUGUGACGCAGUGGCCGAGCCCCCUGGCACCCCUCCCCGCGGGGGUGUUCGCCUUCCCCGGGGUGCCCUCCCCCGCCACCCAGCACCCCCCCUUCGAGGCCCCCGACCCCAAAACGAGGACUCUGUAACCUUAGCGGCGACCUCCAUCCACCACGACACAAAGAAAAGAGGAGAAAAAAAAUCGAGCGCUAGACGAACUGCAGUGUAUAUGCUGUAGGCAUUUAACCAGCAUGUGUGUUCGUAGUGCCCCCUCCCCCCUCCAAGUGUACAUAGCCUAUCAUACGUCUUGAGUUCUACUUGAUCUACUUAGCAUACACAUACCUCAUGUUUUGCACACAUGUGAAAAACCAUUGCUAGUAGUCGGAUAUCUAAAAGUAAUAUAAUUAGAAUGUUUUAGGUUUUAUGAAUUAUCGUAUGCUCAAUUAGAACCGUUAUGUGCUUCUCUAGACUACAUGGUUGGUUCGUACUUCCAAUUGAAGUGCGGCACUUGAGAUUUCUAUUUAAAAAUCGGUUUAUGUUUUGUGCCCAUGAUAGCCAUGUGUCUCUAAGAGGACAUGUAUAUAAACUUCCAAAUGGUCUGUACAUAGCCUGUGUGUUUGUACAGUUAGCAUCAGAUAUCUUAAUACAUAACUUGCUAUAGGUGUUGCAGAUUACGAUUGCAACGGCAGCAAGGCAUUCUCCGAUUGCAACAUUAGUGAAACGGUCCAUCACCGCAAAACCAUCACUGUGAAGCCUCGUCCUUCCGGUCCUUUCUUCAACGUAUAUGACUGGCUGCGUUCCGCUGCCCGAUGCGAUAGCUUCCUGCUCUUAUUCUUUUAUCGCUCACAGCACAACAACAACCAUUUGAAAUGUCCUCAACUGAAAGAACUUGAACUUUACCGUCAGGUGACAUAUUCCUGAGAGAGUGCCUUGAAAUGCAGUUUCAGUUUUUCCCGAGAACAAAAUUGGAGAAUUUAAAAUAGAAUAGAAAAAAAAUUGUUGAUUUGAAUGGGCUCUUGAAAAUAAUGUAUCUUUAAUGUAACACUGUAACAAUGUAUCUUUGAUUCAAUUUAAGUGGAAUUCAACACCAUGAUUUGCCCUGAAAUAAUUUCCUAAAAUGUCCCAAAUUUUGGUAAUAUGAAUACUAUCUAAUGAACUGAUAUUAUUCACUGAUAUCAGGCACCUUAUUGGUAGCCUCUAGGAUAUACCUGUAAUGUUAACCAAGUGCCACAUAGCCUGCAUUAUCCACUGUAAUUCUGAAAGUGCACUGGAGGUGGGUAUUGUGAAUGAUGCCAUGGCAGAGUGGUCUUAGUUGGUCCAAUGAGGACGGGUGAAGGGUGAAGUGGUCUUGGUUUGUCCAAUGAGGACGGGUGAAGGAUGAAGUGGUCUUAGUUUGUCCAAUGAGGACGGGUGAAGGAUGAAGUGGUCUUAGUUUGUCCAAUGAGGACGGGUGAAGGAUGAAGUGGGAGUUUCUCCUGAACCAUCACCAUUCUACAUCUUGACAACGCCAAUAGCUUUAUCUACAUUGUUGCCUUUGUGAUUUUAUUCAAUUAUAGAAUGGUAAAAAUGGAUUGAUGGUUUGUCUUAAAAGCAAUAUGAAAGACCAGAAUGUGCGAUGGGUGAGCAAGAAUAUGAUAUUUCAAUCCCAAAUGUGGCUUGAAUAGCUAAUUAGAUACAAGAAGGCUGCCUUUAUUUGGAGGUUCCAAAACCGAAUAUGAAACUAGCCCAAAACAUAACGAAUAACUUGCAACUCGUUAUUUUCCACCAUCAAGUAUACACCGAGAAUAGAAUCACAAUCCCAGAAGCUGAGCACGUGCAUAUUCUUCUGAGUGUUAUGUGAAUGAGGCAGACCUUUCUUCAGGUCAGUGAUUCAUGAUAUUUGAGUAGAUGGCCGAACAGGUUUUGAUCUUUGUAUGUUUACUGCACGACACUUUUUGCCCAAUAAGAUUACUGCUGAACUAUUCAAAGUAUAUCAGCAUUUUAGCCCCCUGCAUAGUAUGCAGCUAGAUUGGUUUAAAAAGUAUUCCUCUCUUUUGGUGUAAUAUCUUAAUUGAAGUGAAUACAGAUAUGUAGCUUUUCACAAACAUGUCACCUAUGCAGCUCUUCAUUUCUUAAAUAUGACUAUUGCUUGCCGUUAAAGCUCUAUGUUUGAUUGCAUUCUCUCUUUUCAUACACUGUGCAGACCUGCAGUAUCCCAUUUGCUGUAAAUAGGCUACUUAAAAGACAGAACCAAUAAAUAUUUUUUUUGCUUGA